AUGGAACUGCUUGACGUUGGUCUCGUGGAGUAGGUAAAUUAUGCCGUCUGGAGAUAUUGAGCCUGCGGCUUGCGGGAUCGACCCCACCUUUGGGCACGUUGAAAGUGGCGGAUCGUUUUUACAGCACGUUGGCCCAAGUCUCCUCCCUUUUUAGACUACAACUCAUCGCUGCACUCAGCAACUCAUCCUCCGCCAAUCAUUCCUCAUAAUCGCAGAGCAAUAAUUAUUCCAUCUUGUCGCCCUUUGUAAACAAACCUUUAACAAGCGAAACUCGGGUAAUUCAGGGGUCGCAAACCUACCCCACUUUCCGCCACCAAUAUGGCCUCGACUGAAAUCAAUACCUUGUUUUCGGUGAAAGGUAGAGUGGCACUAGUUACUGGUGGAACGAGUGGGAUUGGCCUUAUGAUUGCAAAGGGUCUCGUGACCAAUGGAACGAAAGUCUAUGUUUGUGGAUUGGAAAGCGAUCCAAUUUCCGAGGUCGAGAAGGAAUUAAAUGAUCUGGGAAAGACGUCUGGUGGGAGUGCUAUAGGAUUUUCAUGCGACCUUACAAGUAAAGAAGGCAUCUUAGCCGUCUCAAAUCACCUCCGAACCACCGAAUCCCAUCUCGAUAUCUUAAUCUCCAACGCCGGCAUCCGUCGCGACCCACCAAUCUCCUGCGACGUCCUCAACGCACCUCUCCCUGAACUCCAAGCCUCGCUAUUGUCGUCCUCCUAUUCAGACUGGAAUGAAUCCUUCCAGAUAAACACCAUGGCGCACUAUUUUCUCUCUGUAGCUCUAUUGGAUUUGUUAGCGAAAGCAGCGGAUAUGGAGAUGGGGGAUGGGAGUAAGGGGAAGGAUCAUGGGAGGGGAGUGGUGGUUAUCACGAGCUCGAUUGCGAGUUUGCAUUAUGCGACGAAUGUGGAUAUGAUGUCUUAUGCGUCGACGAAGGCGGCGACAGAUCAUUUGGUGGGGUUGUUGGCUGCGAAGUAUGCGAGGUGGUAUGUGAGAGUGGUGGGGAUUAAUCCUGGUUGUAAGUAUUCGUCCUAAGUCCCAUUGAAGCGACUGCAACAAGGAGAAGUGCUGAUCAUGGAAGUUGUGCCAAGUAAUAUGAAUCCUAUGGGAACUGGGAAAGGCGCGGACAUCUUUGGUGGCUUGGUUCAAAAGGUUCCAGCGAAAAGAGCUGGCAAUGUUGAUGAUUUGGCUGGUGUGGUUUUGUUCCUUGUCAGUAAGGCGGGGGCGUACAUUGAAGGAAGAAGCAUUGCAAUUGAUGGGGGACG